UCCCCUACCAAACCUACCGUUUGUACCAAAUCUGGGCGGAAAACACAAUGCUGCUGACGCUGACUCAUUCCAACUCUCACCUUCUUCCUCUCUUCACAUUCACCUUCAAAUCCUCUUCUUCAACACCAUUAUGAAGAAGAAACCACCAUCGCCACCACCAUUUGAAACCACCUUGCUCACCCACCAUCACAUUGUUCUUGGUUCCAAUGGAGAUUCCACUCUCACGUUUCCAAACCAUAUCACGGGACCAAUUCCAAGAUUUUUCCUUCCUGGGUUCUUCCUCAAAAUUUUCCUCCUUUAGGUACUGUUUUGCCUCUAAGGUGAGAUAUUGGAGCUACCCAUUUUCCCAGAUUCGUUGUUCCUCUUCCAUGGAACAAGGGUUGAGGCCCAAGCCUAAGAAAAUUGGGCAUGUGGAGAGGAAAGUUCCAGUUUUGGAGGAUGCCCAUGUCAUGAAACCAUCCACUUCUGGGCUCUGUAGUCAGAUUGAGAAGUUGGCAUUGUGUAAUAGGUACAAGGAGGCAAUGGACCUGUUUGAAAUUUUGGAGCUUGAAGGUGAUGGUGCUGAUGUGGGUGGGAGUACUUAUGAUGCGUUGGUGAAUGUUUGUGUUGGUUUGAGAUCAAUUAGAGGGGUUAAGAGGGUGUUUGGUUAUAUGAUUAGUAAUGGGUUUGAGCCUGAUUUGUAUAUGAUGAACAGGGUUUUGCAUAUGCAUGUCAGAUGUGGUCUCAUGCUUGAUGCACGCAAGCUGUUUGCUGAUAUGCCUGAGAGAGACGCGGUUUCCUGGAUGACCUUGAUCGGCGGACUUGUGGACUCUGGGAAUUACGCUGAAGCUUUUGAGCAGUUUUUGUGCAUGUGGGAGGAGUUUAAUGACGGUAGGUCUCGCACUUUUGCCACCAUGGUUCGGGCAUCGGCUGGAUUGGGUCUUAUUGAGGUGGGAAGACAAAUUCAUUCGUGUGCUUUGAAGAGGGGAGUGGGUGAGGAUAGUUUUGUGGCUUGUGCACUUAUUGACAUGUAUAGCAAGUGCGGUAGCAUUGAAGAUGCUCAAUGUGUGUUUGAUCAAAUGCCGGAGAAGUCAACUGUAGGAUGGAAUUCUAUUAUUUCUGGCUAUGCGCUUCGUGGUUAUAGUGAGGAGGCUCUUAGUAUAUACCUUGAGAUGCGUGAUAGUGGUGCUAAAAUAGACCAGUUUACUAUUUCAAUAGUGAUUAGAAUUUGUGCAAGAUUGGCGUCAUUAGAACAUGCGAAACAAGCUCAUGCUGCGUUAGUUCGCCAUGGUUUUGGUUCAGAUAUCGUGGCAAACACAGGACUUGUUGACUUCUAUAGCAAAUGGGGUAGGAUGGAAGACGCUCGACAUGUUUUUGACAGGAUGCAUCGCAAGAAUGUUAUAUCUUGGAAUGCGUUGAUUGCCGGAUAUGGUAAUCAUGGUCAGGGAGAACAGGCAAUAGAAAUGUUUGAGCAGAUGCUUCGAGAAAGAGUGAUUCCCAACCAUGUUACUUUCCUUGCUGUUUUAUCUGCUUGUAGCUAUUCAGGAUUAUCAGAACGAGGGUGGGAGAUUUUUUACUCUAUGAGUAGAGAUCACAAGGUCAAGCCUAGAGCUAUGCAUUAUGCAUGUAUGAUUGAACUAUUAGGCCGAGAGGGCUUAUUAGAUGAAGCUUUUGCACUAAUAAGGAGUGCUCCUGUCGAACCAACCAAAAACAUGUGGGUAGCAUUGUUGACAGCAUGCAGAAUGCAUGGGAAUCUAGUGCUUGGGAAGUUUGCAGCCGAAAAGCUGUACGGAAUGGAGCCUGGAAAGCUGUCUAGCUAUGUGAUGCUUCUGAAUAUGUAUAGCAGUUCUGGAAAAUUGAUGGAAGCUGCUGGUGUCUUAAAAACCUUAAAGAGGAAGGGUUUAACAAUGCUUCCAACUUGCUCCUGGAUUGAAGUCAAGAAACAGCCAUAUGCCUUCCUCUGUGGAGAUAAAUCCCACACCCAAACAAAAGAAAUAUACCAAAAGGUGGACAACCUGAUGGAUGAGAUAUCAAGGCAUGGUUACAUUGAGGAGCAUGAAAUGUUGCUUCCUGAUGUGGAUGAAGAGGAACAACGCAUUCUAAAAUACCAUAGUGAAAUGCUGGCAAUAGCUUAUGGUCUUAUCAACACUCCUGAUUGGACACCUUUACAAAUAACUCAGGGCCAUCGUGUAUGUGGGAAUUGCCAUAAUGCAAUCAAACUUAUAGCCAUGGUUACAGGACGGGAGAUUGUGGUAAGAGAUGCUAGUAGAUUUCACCAUUUUAGAAAUGGGACAUGUUCUUGUGGCGACUAUUGGUGAUGACAAAUUGUGUCAUUCAAGUCAUAAUUACCUGUAAACUCAGUAGCUUUUGAUAACUUACCUUCUCCCCUUAUUUUCCCCAAACUUAGGCUCACUUUUGAGUAGGAUACAAUUCUAUAGUGCACUGUACUGUUUUGUUAGUUGAUUAUUUUUUCUUCAAGGAAUAUUCCUGAAGGUGUAAUAAAGUGUAUGAACGAAAAGAUUUAAUAAUUAUGGAAAGAAAACAGAAGUUUCCAGCUCU